ACGGCUGUAGGUGGUCUGAGGAUCUCCGGUCUACCUGGUGAGCUGCUUGAAGCAGUGUACACAGAAGCGGUGGCCGCACUGAGCCUGGACGGGCUUCCUCAGGACCUGGAGACACUGCUGACAUUUGUACUUAUUCUCCAUGGGCACCGACAGCACACUGAGGGGGAUCCCUGGUAAAGAGUUGGCGCAGUCCAACGAGAUCCGGGCCAUUCUUCUCCAUCAAUCUGGUCCUAUAUCCUGUUGAAUGAAUACCACACAUAACUGUUAAACACCUGGGCAAUCACAAUGUUUUGUGUUUUCUCUGACAUACAGAGUUACGGACAAGUUACCCUUUAAUUACUUGCGGUACAUAUCUGGAAUUACCAGUAUGUCAGAGUUACACCUAUGGGAAGGGUCACAUGGGGAAUUCAGUAGUUGUACUGAAAGCGCAAUGUGGGCAGCACCCCAAUGGUACAAUGAGAGUGUAAGGCUGAUUCAUCAUUGUGAAACCGUGUACAUGUCGAAGCCAAAUGACAUUUGCAUGUUGUAAUUAAUGGAAAGCGCAUAAGAAAAUAUAUGCAAAGAACACAUAGUUUUGUAUAAAAUUCAAAAAAAUAAGUUAAAAUCGUUGAGGCUACAGUGGAAAUUGUCUGCAACUAACAUUUUGCACUCCAUGGUCUGAAGGCUUGCCCUUUCCAGAGUGCAUUCCGUAUCCAUGAUGCAGAUAUGAGAUGCGUGCAAAAUCAUUCGAGUUGUUGAGAUACAGAUCGUUCUGAAAACAUCCUGUUGACAGAUUUGCUUGAUGAGUUGCUCGAGAAUGUAGAGCAGUGGUUUUCGUAGAGACAAAACACUGACAGCAACAGAGAUUUACCAAAAUAAGACAUUGUCACUUAAUAGUUCAGCAUUACACAACACAGCUAGGAGAUGCUGGUCACAGCGCCACCACGCGUUCAAUCUGUUGAUGUCUCGUUACGACAUCGAUUUCAAUGCUUCCAAUCUGUUGCUAGAGGACAGUUGUGUUCAGCUAUGAGUCAUGAACGCUACUUGAUACAUUUUUGCAAACACUUUUUGGUUUGAAACAUGUGCACCAUUUACUACACAAAAGAUAAGAUUUCAUCACAGAGUUUUAACACAAGGCUUAUAAUUGUGCCUGUGCAGCCAUUUAGUAGUUACUAUAUGCUCUGCCCACAAUAUAUGCAGCACAACAUAAUGCAUGUGGUCCCAAUAAUAACCUUUACUUGUAUGAUAUCUGUGCUUUACGUGAAGUAAAAUCUUAAAUGUUUAUGAUUGGAAUAUUCUUUCCUUUGGCACUACCAACAACUACACUUUUCUUAAGUGUUCAACUGAUGUGAAGUCUCAAGAGUCUGCAAGUUUUCCUACCAAUGAAACAACGUGUUGCCUUAGUAAUGUUAAGUGCUUCGAGGAACUGUUGCAUCAAGUCUUUUAUGGUACCAAAGUAUGACCUUUACUGGCAGAAAGUGGUUCUGGUUCAAAUGUCUACUCUGUUGUCUGUUGCACUAUGGACGACCACAGUAAUCAGCAUUGAGCAAGGCUAAACAUUGGAGGAGCAACCGGACUUUCCAGCUCUUUGUCACACUCUGUCACAAAGGUAUGAGCUGCUACGGGGGUUGAAGUGCGCUUGGCUAGUGAUGCAUUAUAAGCCUUAUCAACUGUAAGAACAAUAGAACAAUGAAAUGAUCAUCAGCUUCCUACUCAAAAACAAUGAGAGUAUUGUUAAUCAGAUUUAGCUGGAAGUACCGCUGAGGCAAUUUCCUGCAGUGCUCUAUGAAUGUUUAAUCUGUUCGUAGUAUAGCAUUCUUCAUUAAAAAAUAAAGGGCAAGGAAAUAAGUGCGGUGUCGUUUCCACAUAAACCAGAAGAUGUCACCAUAUAUUGACAUUUCCCAACACACCCACAGUUGUGCGUUUUUUGCCUGUCACAGUGACUAAUGGAUGAAGUACUACACACAGAUGCAGACAUGCAUGCAAAGCACAGUGUGCUGCACAACAUAUAGUCAUACUCUUCAAAGAAUAUGAGCAGACUGCAGCUUUGCAUGCCACAACAUGAAAAUACAACCUUUGAAAUAUUAUUGGUUGGCUUUAAGGUUGCAUGAUGAUAUGUAGUUGAUCUGGUUUGAACUCUACCGUACAAAGCCAGAUAGCUUUGAGCAGUGUUGUCUUGCCCUGAUCAUUUGCUUCAGUCGUCGCAUGUUUUAACAGAACAAUUCAGUCACCCUGAAAUUUAACUUCUGUGAGAGUCAAAAUGCCACAAAUGUUUGUACAAAAUUAUACAACAGGAAGUUUUCCUGUUCAUAUUUCUAUAUUUGCUAAAAUGUCCAAACAACAUAGCAUUGUUUGGUUACAAACGACACUAUUUAUCCUGGGGAAACUUUAAUUCAAGCCCUUUCCCAGACACAGGACAUUUCCUAAAAAGUAUGUGAAAGGAAGUGAGAUUAUAAGUGUCUCUGGGAUCAAAACUACACAGCUAUGCAGAUGACAUACAAUUAUACUUUUCUAUUGAGCCAUCUAAACCAGAUGACCUAUUGUCUCUGACUUAAAGACAAAACAGAGAUACUGCUGCUAGGACCUAAAUGCAAGAAAGACAUGUUUCAACCAAGUUAAUGUGAGUUUAUAUGUCAACAUAGAAAAUAAUACUUUAAACUUAAGUCCCUUCCAUUACAUGGUGAAAAAGCAAUAUUGGUUAUGUUACAGUGGAUGUUGAUUUGUAAGCAUUCAUUCGUCUUCUUCCACCCAAUAGAUUACUUCUCAGAAAAACACUGAUGCUGCUUAUCACUGGAAAGCCACAGGCGUUUUACUGGCAUCAUUCUCUGAAUGCAUAUCAGAUCACCACAGCCAAUACAAGAUAUGUGUCAAUAUUGCAACAUGUAGCAGUAAAACUGUUUUGUAAUUCGCAAGUUUCAUGAGUUCAAACAUGUCCAAAUGGAACAGAAAGCUAAAAUGAUUGUGUAACUCAAAGUGAGCAAUGAUUCAAACCUUAUUAAGGGCAUGAAUAAACCCAAGCUCUUCUUUAGUUUAUGUAUCCAUUAAAACUUUAAGAUAAUACCAAAUACAAACCAAAGUGAAAUCAAUAAUUAAAUCAAGCCUGUAGAAACCCUAAAAUCAAGCAUGAGACUAACAGAAAGACCAGACUCUUUGUACACUGUGGCUGAAAAAGACAGACACGAGAAGUGAAGUAACAUGACAAGCAAACUAUGAACACUGGACUCUAUCUGGCCUUUAAGUUACACUUGCUGAAAGAAAUAACACCAAUAGCUGCAUUCUCUAUCAAAACAACGCCUUCAGUCUCAACAACCAUUACUUUUUGUGUCACAAACAACUGCUCCUCGUUGUUUUUUUUUACAGCUAGCAGCAGCUAUGUGAAGCCUGAACAAACAGCCUCUACUCUGCCUGUCUCCCUGAGAGCUCGCCCUUCCCUGUUCGCCAUGUUCUUGCAGAAACUGUGAAUCUGUAAAACCUCUUCGCGACACUGCACAGAAAACGAAGUUGAAUAUCUACUCACCAAGUUAAGAAAAUCUCCCCUUUAAGGUGGUAAUCGCACACAGCCCAACCUUGUAUUUGUAGCUCAGUUACACCCACAACCACGUGACAGUCACUAGGGACUAUAUAAAUUACGCACACCAUGUCACCAUCACACAUGAUCUCGUGAGUAGUUACAUUUGGACUUAACGCUUUAUGUGUAACGUUGCUGCCUUUUGCAUUCGUGUCUUUGGCUAAAACCAACAAUGAUGUAGCUAAACGCUAACUUACACUUCACUUAUUGGUUCUUAUGAGUGACGUUAGCUAAGUUACACAACUUUAGCUAGCUAGCCUAGUUAGGUGUUUGAGCAGCCUACUACCAUAGGUUUUAGCGAAUUAUCUACUCAAAGGAGUAGAUAAUUAUUAUAAUUAAUAAUCUCAGAAACACAGGUUUAUCUCGCUACCCUCGGCUUCUUCACCUCGUCUCUGCCGUCAGACAGAAAACGAAACUAAUGUUUUGUCCGCUAUCGCAUUUAGAAGGACAGCUCACCCUUUAGCGGUGUUUACAUUGCUACGUGCGCUUGCUUUUCAUACAUGACAGCUGGCGGAGACCUCUGCAUCAGUGCAUUCUGACACCGCCCCUUCACCAGGGCUGCCCCGGAGUUUAAAGUCAGUGCGGUACCAGAUGACGCAUGCGCAUUAGCGUCCAAAAUGUUGCAGCCCGUACUAGGUCGCUUAAAUCGGCUACACUACAUUUUGAUCUCCAAAGGUAUGAGUUUCUACAGCUAGCCAAGCGUUUCUACGUUAUAUAGAAGCGAAAAGCUACCACUACUUUUUAACUAUAUCUUGGAAACUAGAUGUAAGUUAACUGUUUUAACAUAGAAAUCCAUGAAUGUCGAGUUGGUUAAAUCAUUUACCAGAGUAGACAAACACGAGGCUACACACACAAUUUAGUAUGAAGGGCUACGAUUGUAGUCACUUUGCUUGUCUUGUAACUAUUAAUGUUAACUGAGAAUAAAAAAAAAAUAAAAAAUGCAUUCACACUUAGGUUAGAUUUCCCCCCAAACAAUAAACACUCUUAAUCUGAAACAUGAGCACAGUCUUGAUCACAGGAUAUGUGAUAUCAAUAUCAACUAGUGCAUUAUACCUUUGUCUUUUCCCAGUGUGUGUCCACCAGGUGCACAGUAGCAUCAGUGUGUGUGCAGACAGCCGCUAUGAUGGGCUGUAUCCUGGACAUAUCCACACCACCCCCUUCCAGAAAGCCAUGCUGGCCGUUGGGUCAGGUGUGGCUGCACUACAAGACCCCUACAGACAUGACAUGGUUGCAGUGCUCGGGGAGACGACGGGACGCCUGGCGUUGAUGAAUAUCAGGGACAAGAUGAGAAACGACCCCGAAGGCUACACAAUCCUUACAGAAAGGCCCAGGAUCCGGCUGUCUACACUUGAUCUGAAAGAGAUGGCCUCACUGCCUGACGGCUCUUUUGGAAGAGAGUACCUUCGUUUUCUAGAGGAAAAUCUUGUGACCCCCGACUCGAGGGCGGACGUGAAGUUUGUGGACGACGAGGAGCUGGCUUACGUCAUGCAGAGAUACAGAGAGGUCCAUGACCUGCUGCACACUUUACUGGGCAUGCCCACCAACAUGCUGGGUGAAGUGGCAGUGAAAUGGUUUGAAGCUGCUCAGACUGGGCUUCCCAUGUGUGCUCUUGGAGCUGUGUUGGGGCCUCUGCGGCUGAACGCGAGACGUUUACAGUCGCUGUUCACAUCCUUGGGUCCUUGGGCUCUGCAGAACGGCCAUCGGUCCCGCUGCGUCCUCAGCAUCUUCUUCGAGAGACGAUGGGCGCAAAGCAUCGAAGACCUCCGAAAAGAGCUCAACAUAGAGCCACCUCCCGUCAUCCUCACUGCUACCAACCGUAGAAACAUCCGAGGAACGAGGAAAUUUUACAAUUUCCAAACUUAGCACCUGAAUCUGUCCGCAGUCCUGGAGAAACAGUUCCUGAUCUGAGAAAGCAUCGUCAUCAUGAGCCCAGCGGGAGCAGCACAUUGUUGAUGUUUGGGGGUGAAGGGUUAAUUUGACAUUACUGCCCUCCAGUGGGUUUCUGCCAAACUUCUGGGAAGUAGCAGAGGCGUUCAGAUCUGCUCUGCUUCACGUUAUGACAUUGAUUUCCAAAUUGUCUCUGUCGGACUUUGGACUUACAAAAGAAUACUGGUUUUGUGGAUUUUUAAUUUCAAAGUUUAAAACAGUUGUUUUUUCCAAUGACGCUUCUAAUGGAAAGAAGAAACAGUAACUGUCUUAUAAAGGUUUCCCAGUGGUGGAAUGGAACUAGGUGCAUGUACUCACUGUACUUCAGGAAAAAGCAUGUCCAUUUUACUUUAUGCUUCUACUGUUUACUUACAGAGGGAAAUAUUGUACUUUUACUCCAUUACAAUUAUUUAACAGCUUUAGUUACUUUAUAAUAAAGAUGUUUGUACAAAAAAAAAACAUAAGAAAAUGUACACGUAUGAAACGAUGAUUGUCACACUAUCAUUAAGUGCAACAAUUUAACGCAAACAUGCCAAACAUGUAAUUAUUCUAGUUUCUAAAAAGUGAAGAUUUGCUUCUUUUCUGUUUAAUUAUUUCUAUUUAUUUUUUAAAUGAAUUUGAGGUUUGGACAGCACGGUGACGAUGUCAUUUUGGGUCUGGAUAAUUGUGACGCAAUUUCUCACUUAUUAAUGAAAUUUUACAACCCAAACGAUCGAUCGGUAAUAUGUUCAGUAGAUAAAUCUAAAAUAAUCAUUAGUUGCAGCCUGUCAUGGCUUUCAGUCUUGUAGCUCAAUAGAGGGACUGACUUGAUUCCAACGCGCUUCAGUAAUAUCCAACAUGCUGUAUAUAAGCAAUGCAUCACUUACUUGGUGAGUUGGUUGAUUGAAGAUAGUUCGGUGCAUGCAUCAAAGUAUUGAAAACGUAGGCCUUAGUUCAACAUGAAAACAUCUAGCUAAAUAAACAUGAUCCUUUCUUGUCAUACAGCUCGAUACGAGCGGUAGACACCUCACGACACACCUGUAGUGUUUGAUGGACGCGCAGUGAUUGCGUCAUUUGAAACUCAAACUGCGACGCCUUGUAGUUAUUUAAUAAAACAAACAAAAAUGGCUCCUACACAGCCUUAUAUAAAGUAGUUAAAAAUGAGCCCCACCUCAACGUACUACAACAGUAAAACGCUGCUUACACAUUAAUGCAUGAUAAUAAUCUAAUGACAUCAUAUAGAAUAGUAACGGUCACAUGGUGGCCAUUUUGUGCUACUAUAAUACUUUUAGUACAUUUUCCUGAUUCAACUUACUUUAACUUAAGAAACAUUUUCAUUGCAGGACUUUCAGUGUGUUCUCAGAUCCUAUACACUACUGAGUUUAACACAACACGAUGUUAAGUGUUUUUGAGUUCUGUUAACAUAUAUUAUCUUAUCUAAUGUAUUACUUAUUGUACUUAGUUGUAGUAUGUUCUCAAAUGCUAACAAAACAUAACCCCGCUGAGGCAUGAAAGGACAAACAGGGAUUUUCAGCUCUGAUCAUAUACUAAUGCAACAGAAAUUACAAAAUCAUACCUUGUUUAAGUCUAUUUAUGAAAAGUCUACUGCAGAGUCAGAAAUUAUAACAGCCAAAUUGUAAUAAUUGGUUAACUGAGCAUAUAACAUUCAUACAACAUGAUCUCAAGUAUUUCUGGAGUGAGUUUCUUUGUCACACAACAUUCCUGGAUCAACCAGUGUUAUUAAUAUUUUCCAUAGAGAGUCUUCUUCACAGAUCAAACUGAUGCUAUUAAAAAGAUUUUAAAAAUACAACCAUCGUCAGUCAAACAAAAUGUUGUUACAGCACCGCUGUA